GUGAUCGUCGCCGACUUUCCAGAGAGGGUGUUUUCGCCGCUGCCGCCGCUGCUGCUGCUUCUCUCCGCGUUGUGUGCGUGCGCGCGUGCUUUUUUUUGGGUUGCUGCAUCGACGCUGGGAAGAUGCUUCUGGAUGCUGGACCGCAGUAUCCCGCCAUAGGAGUCACUACGUUCGGAUCGUCUCGCCACCACUCCGCGGCCGAUGUCACGGACAGAGAAGUGGGGCUGGGGAUCAACCCCUUCGCCGACGGCAUGGGCGCCUUCAAACUCAACCCCGGCGGCCACGAGCUGGCCUCGGCCGGGCAGACAGCCUUCACCUCGCAGGCUCCGGGCUACGCGGCGGCGCUGGGGCACCACCACCACCCGCCCCACGUCGGCUCCUACUCCAGCGCCGCGUUCAACUCCACCCGGGACUUUCUGUUCCGCAACCGCGGCUUCGGGGAGGCCGCGGCCGCCAGCGCCCAGCACAGCCUCUUCGCCUCCGCCGCCGGCGGCUUCGGCGGCCCGCACGGACACGGCGAUGCCGCGGGACAUAUACUUUUCCCCGGGCUGCACGAGCAAGCCGCCGGCCACGCUUCGCCCAACGUGGUGAACGGGCAGAUGCGCCUGGGCUUCUCCGGAGACAUGUACGGCCGAGCCGAGCAGUACGGCCAGGUCACCAGCCCCCGCUCCGAGCACUACGCCUCGAGCCAGCUGCACGGCUACGGCCACAUGAACAUGAACAUGGCAGCGCACCACGGGGCGGGGGCCUUCUUCCGCUACAUGCGGCAGCCCAUCAAACAGGAACUCAUCUGUAAGUGGAUUGAGUUGGAGCAGACUCCCAAAAAAUUAUGCUCGAAAACUUUCAGCACGAUGCACGAGCUGGUGACUCAUGUCACCGUGGAGCACGUUGGAGGACCCGAGCAGUCCAAUCACAUAUGUUUCUGGGAAGAGUGCCCGCGAGAAGGGAAACCUUUCAAGGCCAAAUACAAACUCGUAAAUCACAUCCGAGUCCACACAGGUGAAAAACCUUUCCCCUGCCCUUUCCCAGGCUGUGGCAAAGUGUUUGCCAGAUCAGAGAAUCUCAAAAUACACAAAAGAACUCACACAGGUGAAAAACCAUUUAAGUGUGAAUUCGAGGGCUGUGACAGGCGCUUUGCAAACAGCAGCGACCGCAAAAAGCACAUGCAUGUGCACACUUCCGACAAGCCCUAUCUCUGCAAAAUGUGUGACAAGUCCUACACGCACCCCAGCUCCCUCAGAAAGCACAUGAAGGUCCAUGAAUCAUCCUCGCAGGGGUCCCAGCCUUCUCCCGCCGCCAGCUCAGGCUACGAGUCCUCCACCCCUCCAACCAUCGUGUCUCCAUCCACAGAAAACCAGACCGCCAGCUCCUUAUCCCCUUCCUCCUCCGCAGUCCACCACACGUCCAGCCACAGCACGCUUACAUCAAAUUUUAACGAAUGGUACGUUUAAAGCGCUCAAACAAAACAGCGAAAAAACACAAACCGAAACAAAACAAAAAAGCCCCAAGCGAGCGAAUCCAGACCCUAUUUAAAAGACUCCAAAAAUAAUGAACACUCUGAAAUCAGAAUUUAAAAAAAGCAAACAAAAACAAAAUGCUGCCAGUAGACCCAGGACUGAGUAAAAUGAAGACUCCUUUUUUUGUUUGUUUUUCUUCUUCUUUUUUUUUCCCUCUUUUAUUUCUCUCGGUUUUUU